ACCGGAUGUCGGCGCCGGGACAUGGCCGCUGCCGGUGCCGGGUCCUUGAGCUGAGCGCCCGCCGCCCGCAGCCAACCGCCGCCCUCAACCGUCUGCGGGCCGGCCGAGGCGCUACCGGCCGGCGAGGAGCCGCGGCCGCCGCGGAAGAGGAGCAGCAGCCGCAGGAGACCGGGCGGCCGCCGCGCCGGGCACAUGGCGUCCAUCUUACUGAGGAGCUGCCGCGGCCGGGGGCCUGCCCGCCUCCCGCCGAGGGGUAGUCUAAUGGGUCCCGCUUGCCACAGUUGUGCCAACACCGUGGGGUUGAUGAGCUGUGUGACGCUUCCGUUCGGCGGCCCUACGCCCGUCCACCCCGUGUACCUUUCCCUCCGAGCCGACCCCCUCGGCUGCUGGACUCGGAGGCCCGCGCGCACGUGCGCCAUGGUCCCCGGGCCCCGGCUCGUGCCCCUGCGCUGCUGGCACUCGUCCCCGCCGCGGGGCGAUGACUCCGUGGUGGAGAAGUCCCUCCGGUCCUUGAAGGACAAGAACAAGAAGCUGGAAGAGGGAGGCCCCGUGUACAGCCCCCCCGCAGAGGCGGCCGUGCGGAAGCCGCUGGGGCAGCGCGUCCUGGACGAGCUCCGGCACUACUACCACGGCUUCCGCCUGCUCUGGAUUGACACCAAGAUCGCCGCGCGGAUGCUCUGGCGCGUCCUGCACGGCCACAGCCUGACCCGCCGCGAGCGCAGGCAGUUCCUCCGCAUCUGCGCCGACCUCUUCCGCCUGGUGCCGUUCCUGGUCUUCGUGGUGGUGCCCUUCAUGGAGUUCCUGCUUCCGGUCGCGGUGAAGCUCUUCCCCAACAUGCUGCCGUCCACCUUCGAGACCCAGUCCGUCAAGGAGGAGAGGCUGAAGAAGGAGCUGCGGGUCAAGCUGGAGCUGGCCAGGUUUCUCCAGGACACCAUCGAGGAGAUGGCCUUGAAGAACAAGGCCGCCACGGGGAACGCCACCAAGGACUUCUCCGCGUUUUUCCAGAAGAUCCGCGAGACGGGUGAGAGACCGAGCAACGAGGAGAUCCUGCGCUUCUCCAAGCUGUUUGAGGACGAGCUGACCCUGGACAACCUCACGCGCCCGCAGCUGGUGGCGCUGUGCAAGCUGCUGGAGCUGCAGUCCAUCGGCACCAACAACUUCCUGCGCUUCCAGCUCACCAUGCGGCUGCGCUCCAUCAAGGCCGACGACAAGCUCAUCUCCGAGGAGGGGGUGGACAGCCUCAACGUCAAGGAGCUGCAGGCGGCGUGUCGGGCGCGUGGCAUGCGGGCCCUGGGUGUCACGGAAGACCGUCUGCGGGACCAACUGAAGCAGUGGCUGGAGCUCCACCUGCACCAGGAGAUCCCCACGUCUCUGCUCAUCCUGUCCCGGGCCAUGUACCUUCCGGACACGCUCUCGCCCGCCGACCAGCUCAAGUCCACCUUGCAGACCCUCCCCGAGAUCGUGGCGAAGGAGGCCCAGGUGAAAGCGGCCGAGGUGGAGGGCGAGCAGGUGGACAACAAGGCCAAGCUGGAGGCCACGCUGCAGGAGGAGGAGGCCAUCCGGCAGGAGCACCGGGAGAAGGAGCUGCAGAGGCUCUCGCAGGCGGCGGAAGCGGAGCCCGAAGUGUUGGCAGAAGCUGCCCCUGGGGGGCCGGCGGCUGAGCGGCAGCCAGAAGUGCCCGGCGUGAUCCUGCCGACAGAGGCCCUGAGGGACGCCGCGCCUGUGCUGGAAGGCCUGAAGGAAGAGGAGAUCACUCAGGAGGAGAUUGACCUACUCAGCGACGCCUGCUCGAAACUGAAGGAGCAGAAGAAAUCCUUGACCAAGGAGAAGGAGGAGCUGGAGCUGCUGAAGGAGGACGUCCAGGACUACAGCCAGGACCUGCAGGAGAUCAAGAAGGAACUUUCAAAGACUGGCAGAGAAAUAUACGUGGAAGAGUCUAAAGCCAGCAAGAGGCUGACGAAGCGGGUACAGCAGAUGAUCGGACAGAUGGACGGGCUGCUGGCCCAGCUGGAGGCCAGUCAGGAGGCCGGCAGGCUGGGCCUGGCCGCCGAGGGCUCGCCUGCGGGGGAGACGGUCAUCAGCGUCGCCGAGCUCAUCAGCGCCAUGAAGCAGAUCAGGCACAUUCCCGAGAGCAAGCUCAUCAGCCUGGCCGCGGCCCUGGAUGAGAACCGGGACGGCAAGAUCAACAUCGACGACCUGGUCAAGGUGAUCGAGCUGGUGGACAAGGAAGACAUUCACAUCUCCACCAGCCAGGUGGCCGAGAUCGUGGCCCUGCUGGAGAAGGAGGGGAAGGUGGAGGCCAAGGCCAAGGAGAAGGCCAAGGAGCAGGAGGCGGCCGAGGUGAAGAACUAGCGCCAGCCCGGCUGGCGGGCACCUCAGUGGCCAGGGCGCCUGCCUCCGUCCAGCCACAGUGACCCUGAGGAGAGGGAUUGCUUUGAAGUGGUUCUUAGAGACAGAUCUAAUAUUUUGUCUGGAAUAAAUCGGAAGCUUCAUAAUCAAGUAAUUUUUAAUUUUCAUCAUUCCACGAAGAUUCAGUCGGCCUGGGCCGCCGCGCCCCCAGGAGCCCUCACCGGAUUCCCCGGGCGGCGCCGCUGCCACCACCGCCGUCCAGCGGGGGUCGUGACCCUGCCCGGGCCGCGGCCGCGAGGAGAGAGGACCGGCCGCCUGGACUCCGCGUCCCUGGAGCCCUCGGUGUGCGGGCGGGGCCGCGCCGGCUCCGCGGGCCCGGGUGGCCCCUCCGCCGGUGAGGAAGCGCGUCCGUCCGUCCGUCCGUCCGUCCCCGUGGCCUCCGGAGACGCACUUCCCGGGCAAGAGCGUCGCCAUCUCCCACAAGCCCUUCCCACGCGAGCAUGCAGGCUCCUCCCUGAUUUUCCUUUGGUUUUCUCAGCGAGUCUCUGAACCCGUGAACGCUCAGGACUCCCUCCCGCGCUGGUCGGGCCCCUCCGAGGAAAGGAACGCGAGUUGUCAGCUUUGUCGUGCGCUUGUCGUGCUGUCGCGGAGGUUUCGCCCCCCACCUGAGGCAUGUGGACGUCCCGGGGAUCCGAUCUGAGCCGCAGCCGUGACCGCACCACAGCUAGAGUCACACCGGAUCCUCUAACCCACCGCUCGGGCCGGGGCUCGGACCCGAGCCGCCACCCGCUGCGCCACAGCGGGAGCUCCCGUCGGCAGGGCCGAGCGGCCCGAGGCGCCGCGUCUCACCGCCCCCGUGGGUGUCCGGGGUGGAUCUCCCUGUGUCGGCAGUCGGCUGGGCCCUGGCUGCUCUGCGGCAGGAGACCCUCCGAGUGCCCGCGUCGCCUCCCCGCUUUGAGGGGCCCGCGAGGCCCGGCCCCCCUGCGUGCAGUGUGGCAGCUCGGGCCGCUGCUGCCCUGCCUUGUCAGGCUCCUCCGAAGGCCGCGGUCAGAGAGAGGCCGGACCUGAGAGCGGCCAGCUUAGCCGAGAGAGGACGAGGACGGAGGGGCAGCUCUGAGAUUACGUGAAACCGCUCAGCCGCUGAAGACGAGACUUGACAAGAUAGGAGCGAGGUUCUGUGUUCUCAGACGCAGCCUUUACAUGGAACAGCCGCUGUCUGAAGGGGUCUGGUUCACCUGUUGAAGAGGCAGGUCCCGGAUGCUUGGUUGCGGUUAGUGAGGUAUCUCGCGCUUAGCGGGCCGGCCUGGUCGUCAGCCGGGCGAGGGCUUUGCUGGUGAGCUGGGUGGCAGCAGCGGCUCCCGGCUCCGGCCUCCCCUCGCGGCCACGGCCAGGCCCUCUCGGUGUCCCCCAGCUCUGGAGCUGCCCUCCCAGAACCCAUCUUCUCGGCGAGACCAGCUCCGGCGGGACCCUCCUUCGGCUUCUGUGACGUCGGCUUCCCUCUUCGCUGCUUUCACGGCCGUGGACUUUAUGUGUCACAGGGGUAACGAGUGGUGGCUCCGAAACCAGAGCUUCCGUGUCCGAGCCGCGGGGAGCAGCCGUCGGGUGGCCGAGCGCCUCCCUGCGCUUUCUCGGGAGGGCGCCUGUGUCCUCAGCAGCAGAGAUGCUGGGCCGGCUCGAAAGCGGGUUGGGAAUCCUUGGCGUGUCUCCACCUGCACUCCACGCGACGCCCACUUUCUUAUCAGGGACUCAGAAAGUGGGCGCGUCGCUCCGAGUCCCUUUGGAAACAUCAGAGUCCGGACUCUUUAGAAACGAGGGCGCCUUGUAACUUGUGAAGAGUAACUCCAGGUAGUGCUGCUCCCAGCAGGGCCCCGGGGCCGGCCGCCGGCUCCGUCUGCGUGUUCUCCAGGGGCCCUGGGGCCGGCGUCGCCGCGGGCUGUGUGUCAACGCCUUUUUUAGAAAUAGUGUUUUUAUUAAAAUAUCAAAUUAAUGUUCCCAUAACAGCCCAAGCGAGAUGCCUGAACCAGACGACACCAGCCGUCAGGGUGGGAAAGGCAGAGUUGUCUGGCCUGGCAGCAGGAGGGGUGGCGAGGGGGCCUCGGGUCUGGACAGGCUGUCUCGUGGCCGGACUCCAGAAGGAGCCGCGCCUUCCAGCCCUCAGCCCCGGCCCCAGUGUGCCCUGCCUGUCCCCUCAGACCGCGCGUGACUAGACACGGUCUGUUGUCAGCAGGUUUAAUAAAUACUGUCUCGGUGA